CGAGUAUGUAAGAGGAGAAUUCCUCCUUAUGAAAUUCAUCAAUACAAAUCACUUAUUUUAUAUUUAUUAUCAAAUUUAACAUGGUAUCAGAGCCAAAACCUGGAAGUUUUCCUUCUUUCCUUUAGUGCUCACAUCGACAUGGAAGAAACAUCGCGACAUACUCGCACUUGGAUAAUUGAUUCCGGAGCAAGUGAACACAUCACUUGUGAUGGUGAUGGCCUUUUCGAUAUUCUAACUCACCCUUCCGAACCAGCCGUCCGAAUACCCAAUGGAGAACUAAUUCCGGUUUCUGCGAUUGGCAGCCUCUAUUUGCCUAAUGGGUUCUAUCUUAGACGUGUUUUAUACGUUCCGCAGUUCCAAUGCCACUUGCUCUCCGCCAGCCGUCUCACUAGUGACCUCAAUUGCACUCUCACUUUUUCUUCCAAAUUUUGUAUACUCCAGGAUGUAUCCUUGAGAACGCUAAUUGGCAUGGGUUACUUUCGUAAUGGUUUAUAUUAUUUGGAUUCUUCAAAGGGUGAAAAGGUUGCAAUGCCAGCCACCAUUUGUUCAGACCUAUGGCACCGACGGUUGGGACACGCCUCAGACGCAAAAUUACAACACAUCACGUUUCUCAAAGGUUUUCAACGAAACGGUAAUUCUUGUGAUCCCUGCUUACGAGCUAAACAAACCCGUCUUAGCAUUCCGAAGAGUACAAGUAAGACAACUUGCUGUUUUGAAUUAAUACACUGUGAUAUAUGGGGAGCUUAUAGAAGUGACUCUAGUUCCGGAGCGCGUUAUUUUUUGUCAAUAGUUGAUGACUUCACUAGAGGUGUUUGGGUCUAUCUUAUGAAAAACAAAUCAGAAGUCAGUCAAAAAUUGAUAAAAUUUUGCAAUAUGGUAGAAACUCAAUUUGAAAAAAGGGUUAAACGCAUCCGGACGGAUAAUGGAGUUGAGUUUCAAACCAAUCUUUUAUUUGAAUAUUAUGAACGUUGCGGAAUUAUUUUGGAAACAUCAUGCACAGAUACCCCUCAACAAAAUGGGGUUGUAGAACGUAAACACAGACAUAUUUUGGAAAUCGCCAGAGCACUACGUUUUCAAUCCGGAUUACCUAUUGAUUUUUGGGGAGAUUGCGUUCUCACCGCAGUUUAUAUUAUCAACCGACUACCAUCACCUGUCAUUCUAAACAAAAGUCCUUUUGAAGUAUUGUUUGGGAAGGUACCUAGUUAUGAGCAUUUGCGUGUAUUUGGAUGUUUGGUAUAUGCACACAACAAUAAACGGAAUGAUAAAUUUGGCGAAAGGGGGAGUCCUUGUGUAUUUCUUGGAUAUCCCUACGGACAAAAGGCCUACCGAGUUUUUGAUUUACAAAAACACAAUAUUUACAGUUCUCGGGAUGUGACUUUUUUUGAAAAUGAAUUCCCAUUUAAAUUAAUUGAUCACGAAGGGAAGGAUUUCGGAUCAAUUGUUGACGGUGCCUAUCAAAAUAUUAUAAACAAUAAUGGCAGCCCCAUGCUUCAAACACUUCCAGAAAAUAAAGGUGGCCCACAAUCUAAUCCAUCUCAUGGCCAAAUUCAUUCUCCAGUAACUACCUACGGUCCUCCCUCCAGAGAUGUACAAAUUAGACAGCUCACUGGGUCACCUCCUUCUACAUGCAGAAUAAGCCAACCCACAUACACAGAAGAGGUCCAUUCACGUGAACGCACAGGGCCACCUCCUGAGCCUCUUGUACCCGAACAACUGCCACCUAGGCUGGCCACAAAUCACGAGCAACCUCUCUCCCUUGAAACUAUGAAUGGCGAACAGGACAGCAACAAGGACAGUGGGCCCUCUCCUCACCGUUACACACCGGCCGGACAUCGUCUUCACCUACCAGACGCUCCGCCCUAUACACAGCUUCCGGCUUCACCAACUAGAAAUGAGAGCUUGGAUGCACAUGGAACUGGUACUAGUGGGACUAUGGUGCCAUUUACAGUUGACUAGUCGAUCCACUCUGAUUUGACAAUCCCAAACAUAGUCGUACCUUCCGAAAAUGAGCUGAGAAAAAGUAAUAGAGCUCGACAACUUCCUAAACACCUUGCGGACUUUGAUACUGAUUUGCCACCAUCCAUAGACCAUUCUCGGUCAACCGCCCAUUUUGCCGACUCACCAGUUUACCCACUUUCUGAUUUUAUCAAUUAUGAAAGAUUUUCCACUAAUCACAAGGCUUUUCUAACGGCCAUCACUUCCCGUGAUGAGCCAAAACAUUUUUCACAGGCAAUUCAAGAUCCUUUAUGGCGUGAAGCCAUGCAGAAAGAAAUUCAUGCUUUAGAAGAAAAUGGUACAUGGACCCUAAUUCAUCUACCACCAGGAAAGAAAGUGGUUGACUCUAAAUGGGUGUAUAAAAUCAAGUAUAAACCCAAUGGUGAUAUAGAGCGCUACAAGGCUCGAUUAGUUGCCAAGGGUUUCACACAAGUCGAAGGAGUUGACUUUCACGAGACAUUUGCCCCUGUUGCCAAACUUGUCACAGUACGAUGUUUAUUGGCCAUUGCAGCAAAACAUAAUUGGGUAGUGCACCAAUUAGAUGUUAACAAUGCAUUCCUUCAUGGAGACCUCCACGAGGAUGUUUAUAUGCGUGUCCCACAAGGGUUUUCUAAAAAUGGAGAUACACGUGUUUGCAAGUUAAGAAAAUCCUUAUACGGAUUAUGUCAGGCCUCUCGCAACUGGUAUCACAAAUUCACUCAAGCCCUCAUUGGGAUAGGUUUUCGCCAGUCUCGAGCCGAUCACUCUUUGUUAAUCUUUUGCCAAGGAAACAUCAACACAUUUGCCCUUAUUUAUGUUGACGACGUCUUACUCGCCGGAAAUGACACCUCUCAUAUUUCUACUGUUAAAAACUACUUGGACAACAAAUUUAGCAUCAAAGACUUGGGAAAAUUAAAAUAUUUUCUAGGCAUUGAAGUUGCACGUUCUCCUGAAGGUUUUGUCUUAAGUCAACGCAUAUACACGUUGGACAUCUUGGAGGAAUGUGGCCUCCUAGCUAAGGAAGGUGUCGAUCCCAAAAUGUGACGUCUCUACCGUCAUUGAAGCAUUCAGAAGAGGUCUGUAUGAAGAUUCAGAGCUGUACCGAGAACUAACGAAAUACCCUUGUCGAUCCUUCGAAGAUGUCCAAGCAAAGACGUUAGCGUUCAUCCGUCUAGAAGAAGACUUAUGAUCCCGUUGCGGACAAGUUAAGUAUGAGGGGGGCUACGGCAAAUCAGAAUCUCCUGGGAGGCAUGAGUACAAGUCUAAAAAACCUUAUUCAAGACCUGAGGAACGAGUCAUCACGCCAUGACGAGUUAGACAUCACAAGAUGGUUGAAAUCUCGGAUGGGGGGCAUGUCGUCCGAUGAUAGAUAAGCCAAAUUUCAGAUUUAAUUCAACCGGGAAGACAGUCGAAUGAUUUUCUGAAAUGUACUGCGAUGUUUAACUGCACAAUUAUUUUCAAAAAUUCAUUUGACUGCUUUCGCGAAUGAAUUUUUAGCUAAAAUUUGGUAUGAGUAAACUAGACUUAAUGAAGAAGAUGCUCAAAGCAUUUCAUCAAAAAAGUCCAUCAGGAAUCGCCCUAAUUGGCGACGGCCAGACAGAGCCUUCUAUAUAAAGGGUGAACUGCACGUUUUAAUUUAGUUUGAGGGCCUAUUUGACCCUUUAGCUAUUGUUUUAUGAAGUGUAGGCAUGUUGCUUUUUUACAUUGUUGUUUUUAUGUUUCAUGUAUGUGGUCGUGGUUUUAUUACUCCGUAUUAUUCAUUUACAAAGCAUUUAAGAAAAUUCAUCAAAUAAAUUUUGGCUUCAAAAACAUAAACAAGCUGUCAUGUCAUUAAAAGUCAUGCUUGUUAUAAAAACUGAAAAAGCACCAUUACCGGUGGACGUAGCUCAACUGGUAUAUAGAGGUGCCACAAGGGGUAAGUUUCGGGUUUGAAUUCCGGCAAUUGCGAUGAGAGGUUACGUUACUAUGCUAAAAAUGUAUAGGCCUCUGUAAGUACCAAGGCCAAAGCCCCAUUUUCUAUCUGCUAGUUUGUGAUUACAGUCCAAUUUACAUGCUCCCAUCUAACUGUCCGAUCGAUGUUGGGGGCUCUCAGGGAUGAUGUGACAUCUUCUUCUUUUUUUUGAAAAAGCACCGUUCCUUCAAAAGAUAUACGGGGCAUUGUGGCGCUUGUGAAGCGGAAACCGCCGUACUUUCAUUGUUUUCCCCAAGACACUUAUUACGUUAAAAUGCUGCUUGAUAAGUCCAUUUUUGUACUUAUUUUUCUUAUCAAAUUUAAGCGAUUUUUGAUUGAAAAUAGAAAGAAAAGGCAUGUUUUAGAUAUUUUGGUUCAAGUUUCAUGAAAUUAGGUGAAAAUCACAUUCAUAAUAUGUUUGCCGGGAUUUCGGGUCAAUUGAGAACAAAAUGAGUCAAUUUGAGUAACAAAUGAAGUCAUACCGGAAGAAGUAAGCAUUUUAUCAAGGUGACCCAGAAGACAAUCUUGGAGAGCAGGAACCGCAGGAAUUACCGGACGAUUUUAGCAGAAGGCGCCCAAAUAGGUGGCCAAAUCUGGGCGCCUGUGUGGCCGCCUACUCUAUUUUGGAAAGUCAACGUUUGGCUUUGACUCGGAACCGGAAGAUGACCGAAGGCUGCCGACACCAGGCGGAGGGCGGCCGCCCUCAGUGGCCGCCUGCGGCACUACGGGACGAAGCCAACCACCGGCCGGUGCGACUGGACGGCAGGCGGCCAGACAGGAACGGCAGGCGGCCGCCCUCUGGACCGCCUGCGGCUGACGAGACGCGACCACGAUCUGCUGCCGGCGACGAGAACGGAAGGCGGCCGGAGAGAGGCAGAAGGCGGCCGCCUGGUUGGCCGCCUACGGGAAAAUUUUUCCUAUAAAUUGCCCGAUUUUUGCUGAACUCAAACACACCAUUCUAAACCCUAAAUCAGCUCUCAUUAGCCUCCUUCUUUUAUUUUCGAGCUCCAAGAGCAAGUAGAGAGAGAAAGCUUCAAAUCUUCAUAUCUUCUUCAUUUUAGCUCCAAAUUCGGCUUCAAGCACGCUCUUUUUAGAAGACGUCGCCCUUCAUGUAGAUACUCAAGUCCGUGCCCAAUGCUAUUCGCUUCCUUGUAGGCCAUUCUAGAACAUCCUCUCCUGGUUUACGGUUCUGAAAUUGUAUUCAAAGCUUAUCAGAUCGGGCCCCCGAUACAUAUUUUUUUGGAUCUGUCAUUGGAGCUUGAAGGCCACCCAGACCGACCUUCCUAACGUGAGCCUCCCCCUUAAGUCGUGUAAAGCGCCGCGGUCAACCUCCCAGCCACGGCCACACCAUGCUUAGAGUUUUUUCAGAAUUUAAGUUGAGACGCAAUGUGGAAUACAAGAAGUGAACAUUACACCAGACAGCCAUUUCAUGGAGAAAACGGCAACCCAUGCCGACGAUUAGUUCAUGUAUUUAAAUUUUAAAGUUUGAAGUAUUUUUAAUUGUAAUUUAUAAAUGUGUUAAUACUCUAAGUCACAAACCGGCCUCUGAGACCGUAAGGGUAGAACCAGAACGGGACCGCAACCUGUAAUUAUCCGGGUCGGUUCCAGUCUUAUUAAAUGGGACCCGGGACCAGGAGAACACCAUUUCCAAGCAGUAAUGAUGGUCAACUAUUCACAUUUGAAAGAAACAGUUGCCAAUAGGAUUUAAAACACCACCAAAUAGAACAAAAGUCAAUGCCAUGCUUCGUUUACAAAUGGAUCAUCAAAGAUGGCCAUCG